CCAAGUUGAUGCAAUAUGAAGUCAAGGCAAACGAUCGAGAUGCUGCUUCGCUUGUCCUGCCGAUGGGCUAAUGCUAGACUUUUUCUGCUUACAGGCGAUCGCCAGCUAAUGCAAUCCCUAGUCUUUGAUGCGCGCGUCACCAAAUGGUUCUCGAACAGCACCAGCUUCAAUGCUCGCGACAAGGAGGAGAAGAGACACGAAUUCAAGCAGCGCUUUGGCAUCACCGUCGCCUUUCUGGCCACGCACAGUGGUYUGACCCGSUGGCACGAGUUCCACUCGAACAUGGCCGAGCAGCCGAGCGCAGGUGAGAGCUUCAGUCAGAACAAUAAACGCGCUAUCGAUGAGAUCUGGUAUAAGCGCGCCGUGGACCAAUAUUUUGUGCACAAGGAGAGUUUUGUCUACUCGGUGCCCUUCGAUGCUGGUGAAAGUGGCUCGGAAAUCAUUGUAACUGCCAGCAAUGCCAUUUUUCANGAGAGCUCAAAGUCGGCGCCCGCUGCAGUCGUUGGAUUUCAAUUUCAACACUCUGCAUUCUACAAGCUAUUCCACAAUAUCACCGGCAAUGCAUGCGCUGUCGAUGAUAAGGACUGCUACAUACUCGAUAACAAUGGCUUUGUGAUCAUCUCGUCGCGCGUUCACGAAACGGGCAGAUUUUUUGGUGAAGUCAACGGCGCCAUCAUGAUGCGCCUUGUCGAGGAGAGAGUAUACAAGCGUGUCAUUGUCUACGAUUAUCAAGCCGUGUGCUUUGAGUCUAAAACUGAGAUCAAUGCAUCCAAUACACUGCUGUCUCCGCUGUUUCAUCUGCUGCGCGUAGGCAAAUGGCUGCUGCAUACGGCGCUGUGGUAUAUUGUGCAACUGAUGCGAUUGGCGCCGGGCAUAUCGGCCCAUUACAAUGACGUCUAUAUGGAUGCGAAUGGCACCGAGCAGGAGCCCGAAGAUCACGGCCAGACCAAGAAUGCCGCCUGGCUGCGGCAUUUGACGCUGCGACGCACGCGCCUCAAGUCGUGCGACAUGCAGCGCGAGCUCUACACGCUCUACAAUGAGAAGGACAACGUUGUCUACAAUAUGACAGCGCAUGCAUGCGAGCGGCCAUUUGUGGUGCUGCCCAUACCCAAUAGCAAUCUCAUAUUGCUCGUGAUCGAUCAGCUCUGUCCGCGCGACACAUUUUAUCGUAACUGUUCAUCAAAGGUCUCUGAUCGUCCAUAG